UCUCUUUCCUCAAAGGCCCUGGGACGAGGGUCCCAUCAGUCGAAUUGUCUCACCCCAGUGCCAAUGUCCAGCCCAGAGCAGGCGGUGGAGGCGUCGCUGCGCGCGGCGCUGGAGCAGGGCGCCGCGCUGAAGCGCCUGAUCCGGGCGCCGGGGCGGCCCGAGGCUGCCGAGGAAGCGCAGGCGAGCCGCGCCAAGUCCCAGGCGUCGCUGAAGGACGUGGAGCAGAAGCUGCAGGUGAUGUCGCGAAGCCCUGUAAAGCGCGACGUGGCCGCACAGCAGCUGCACAAGCUCAAGGAGCAGAAGAUCCGAGAGAGCGUGGACAAGUUGUCCAAAGAGCUCAGCGAUGUUUGGGCUGAAUGGCAAGCCGAGGAGGCGUGGCGUGCGCGGGCGGCAAGCGACCCAGAGGCGGAGCCGGCGAGUUUGGAGGAGGCGGCGCCGGACCUGGAGCAGGCGCAGGUGGCCAGGCAAGAGGAGGUCUCCGCCGGCGAGAUCCAGCUACAUGCUGCGAUGGUGGAUGAGUAUGUACAGGACGUGUCCAAUCUGUCGCAGAACAUGCGUGACAUGCAGAGAGCCUUGCUGGACCUCGCGCACAUCACCGAGGCACAGGCAGGCUCGCUAGACAACAUCGAGAAAGGCAUGGAGCAAGCUUCUGCCAGCACAGAUGGCGCCGCUCGGGAGCUGCGGGUGACACACGACCGCCAGACCAGCAUGCGAAAGACCCUCUGCAUGCUGCUGCUGGCCCUGAUGCUGGCGGCGGCCAUUUGCACUGCAGCAGCGCGCCAGCGUUCCUGAGGCAACGGCAUGCGGAAGCGGCCAGAUGGCUCUCUGAGAGUGGCAGGCUGCAAGAAGCUGACGUACAUAGAAGCCGUUCCAGAAGUGCAGCCUUUACAAACGCUCUCUCCGCGAGUUGCGGAAGAAGACUUGCCUGGUAA